AUGGAGGCGAAAAAGGUAGAAGAAACUCGUGUGCUGGUGACUCACGCACGUGAUCUACUGCGGCAUCACCUCGCUGCUGCCCCCCAUCGCUCACUGUGCAUAAACAAGCGGCGCGAACUGCGCACCACAUUGCAGCAACUGCUACCCUGCCUCUCCAUCGUUCAGUCUUACGAGCAGCAGCAUACCUACCUGUCCACGUACGAGCUUACAAUCGGUGCUGUCAGGCAAGUUCUCGUGAGUCUUGAAGUGGCGGAUGCUGCGGUGGACGCAAAGGAUAGGCACCUCGUGAAUGCACAGUAUAAAGUGGAGUACCACGGCAGGGAAGACAACGUUGAAGGCUGUGCUGCACUGCCAAAGCCGACGGCUCCACUAAGGACGGCGGCGGAGGCACCUGUCCUAGCAUCUUGCGCAAACCGUGCCCCAGCGACGGCGCCCUCAGUGACGUGGAGGAACACGUACGGAUGCGAGGACGCCAUACUCGCCUUGCGCCAAGCAACGACUCUUCCGCUACAGCACCCGUUCUUGUUUACUGGCCCGCGCCAGCCGUGGCGCCGCCUCUUGCUCUAUGGGCCUCCCGGCACCGGCAAAACUCGUCUGGCCGCCGCGACGGCAACCGAGUACGGCGCUGUGUUUCUCAGUGUGUCGGCCGCGGACUUGCUGAGCAAAUGGGUUGGAGAGAGCGAGAAGCAAGUACGCCAGGCAUUUGCACAAGCCGCUGCGUCCGUCCCGCGGUGCGUCCUCUUUUUUGACGAAGUUGAUGCCCUCUGCAGCGCGCGUGGCGGUCACGGGGAGAGCGAACUGGCGCGCCGCCUCAAGACGGAGCUACUGCUCCACCUGCAGGCGGACCUCCCCACUGUGACGGUACUGGCGGCCACGAAUUUGCCAUGGGAGCUGGAUGCGGCCUUUCUUCGCCGGUUCGACCGUUUCAUUCACGUCGGCCUCCCCUCGAACGCGGUGAAACGGCGUCUCUUGGCGAAAGAAUUACGCGGCGUUACUAACACCAUCACCGGCGACGCGCUGGACCGCAUUGUCGCGCAGACGGAGCGCUUCUCAGUGGUUGAUGUGCGCCGGUUACUGUCGUACGCGGUGAUGGCGCCGGUAACGGAAUGGCUGCUGCAGACGCAAGCUACGGUUGACGACCGCAGCAGCGACAGCGGAGAAAGCACUAAGGAGGGAAGUGAUGGAAUCGAUGUGGUCUGCGCAGGCGCCGCCACUGCACCAGCGCCGCUCCUCUAUCCUUCCUCGCCCUCACGCAUGCACAUCGAGCCAAAAUACCGAUCAGUGCCGUGUCUGCAAGACACGGAAGUCCUCGGUGACGGCGUGCGGAGCGGGAGCUCAGGAACAGAGAGCACGCUGUCCCUUCGCAACUCCCCGUUGCCGUCUUCUCGGUUUGGCCCUGAGCACCGUCUGUCGACGCACUCUUCGUCACCCUCGCACUGCGAGCACUCGCACCGCGGGCGUCUGAUCAGCCGCACCAACGAUGUGCCUCAUGUGGAGUGUCAUCACUUUGAAGAUGCCCUGCAAGCAAUCACAGCCACAACUUCCGCCGACGAAAUUGCGCGCUACACCACGUGGCACUCUCGUAGCAUCUGCGUGUAG